CGCGGACCUCAGAAGCCCAGUGACAGCAGAAAAGCAGCUCCCGGGGCGCCAAGCACCUUCUGCAAUACGCUCACGCGUUGUAGACACAAACCCGUGCUCUAACUGUACUCCAGCUAAUCGCGAAGAAAAUUAAGGGCGCGUCGUAAAGCUCUCUCCAGCCUAGCCACGCGUGGCUAAAUUUCCAGCUCUCGGGCCAGCUAACACGCGGGAUUUGCACCGCAGCGUCUCGGCUUCCAGAGCCCAAGCCCGGCGCUACUUGCGGCUUCUCCGAUUUCUCCCCUAAGUGCGAAGGAAAUAGCCCCUUUUGCUCAGCGCCUGCGGGGCCGGCGGAUCUGAGAGCGGGGCCCCGCUGGGGAAGACGCGGCGGGCCGGGGACUCCCCGGCGGCGCCUGCAGCGGCGGCUCCUCUGCGAGGGUUAACUGCAGUGCCCGCUGCCGGGAGGGUGCUGAGGCUUCCUCUCGCCGGCCCGGGAACGUGGAUACCGCGCCUGCAGGAUGUUCGCCGGCUGGGCCCGGCAGUCAAGAAACAUGAGAAGGCCUCGGUAUUCCUGUUCCCGGGCCGCGCGCGCCCGUCUGAGUAAAUAAAGCCGAGACGACGGCGGUGGCGGCGGUGAGCGCGCUGGAGCCCGCGCGGAGAACAUGAGGCGGGGAUGGGAGUGCGCCUAGCCUCGACGCGGGAGAGCCAGCCGCCCUGCCGCCGGCCGCCGGCCCCACCGCCACAGAACCCGAGCCCUGCGGAGCUCCCGGCGGCCAGGCCUCAAGGCGCAGCGGCCGCGCGGCGCGCCUCUGCCUGCCGGCACCAUGAACACCAUCGUCUUCAACAAGCUCAGCGGCGCCGUGCUUUUUGAGGACCGCGGUGCUCCCGAACGGGAAAGGGGCAGCCGGCCCUAUGGUGGCGUCCUAGACAGUCCCCACGCCCGCCCCGAGGUGGGCAUUCCGGACGGCCCGCCCCUCAAGGACAACCUCGGCCUAAGACACCGCAGGACUGGGGCCAGGCAGAAUGGCGGGAAGGUGAGGCACAAGCGGCAGGCUCUGCAGGACAUGGCGCGGCCCCUCAAGCAGUGGCUUUACAAGCACCGUGACAACCCGUACCCCACCAAGACCGAGAAGAUCCUCCUGGCGCUGGGCUCGCAGAUGACGCUAGUGCAGGUGUCAAAUUGGUUUGCUAAUGCAAGACGUCGGCUUAAGAAUACUGUUCGACAGCCAGAUUUAAGCUGGGCUUUAAGAAUAAAGUUGUACAACAAAUACGUUCAAGGAAAUGCUGAGCGGCUUAGUGUAAGCAGCGAUGAUUCGUGUUCCGAAGACGGAGAAAAUCCUCCAAGAAACCACAUAAAUGAAGGGGGCUAUAAUAAUCCAGUUCACCAUCCUGUGAUUAAAAGUGAGAGCUCAGUCAUAAAAGCUGGAGUGAGGCCAGAGUCACGGGCCAGUGAGGACUACGUAUCACCCCCAAAAUACAAGAGCAGCUUAUUGAAUCGUUACCUUAACGACUCUUUGAGACACGUCAUGGCCACAAAUGCUGCCAUGAUGGGAAAGACAAGGCAAAGAAACCAUUCGGGAUCUUUUAGCUCCAACGAAUUUGAGGAAGAAUUGGUGUCUCCUUCAUCAUCGGAAACCGAAGGCAACUUUGUCUAUCGUACAGAUGCUCUGGAAAAUGGAUCCAAUAAGGGUGACAGUGCAGCCAAUAGGAAGGGACCAAGCAAGGACGAUACAUACUGGAAGGAGAUUAAUGCAGCGAUGGCCUUAACCAAUCUUGCACAGGGCAAAGACACACUGCAGGGAACAACCAGCUGCAUCAUCCAGAAGUCAUCACAUAUAGCAGAAGUAAAGACGGUCAAAGUGCCACUGGUUCAGCCAUUUUAAGGGUUUGUCGCUUUUCAGACCUACGGCUGCUCUUCGUGUCAGUGUUUUCCCAUCAACCCUCAUCUUAAGAGCCGAAGCAAAAGUGAAAAUGACUCCCUCUCAAACCUCUUCUUGUUUUUAAUUAUCCUAAAUAUACCAUUUAGUUGCUUCUAUAAGAGACAUAUAAAUUAUAAAAACCUCACUUUAAUCAAAAGUAGUAACUUAUUUUAUGUUACUCAAACUAUGCAUAAAGUGUCUGCAUUGCCAUUACAGUAAGUGCCUUGCUUCCCCCCAAAAUCAGCAACAACGUGGGCACAGCAGAGCUGCUGUGCCUCAAAUGACAACGCCACAAUGCUUGUUAGUCCGUGUGUGUCCUUCCAGAUGGGCCUAACCAUUUCAGGACAGAAACCAGAACUGCUGAAAGCCCUCAAAAUGUUUUCAGUAAUUCACAUGUUAAAACUUGGAAAUCUACACAGCCCAAAUGAGAUGUUCCUUUAAAAAACAAAAAAACUGCUGCAGUAUUUAAAAUUGUUCAGCAUGCUUUUCAGAGUGACAGUGAGAAUUUUCAUGCAUGUAUCUUGCCUGCCUAUCUGACACACUACAAAGGUCCAAAAUGAAAGGAGCGGCAAUCACAUAAUAUGUUUAUUUAAGAAGAAUCCCAGUGAAUCCAUUGUGAUCUGGAAAACUUUUUCCAAGCACUGCUGGGAAACACCACAGUGCCCUUUAGAAGUAAUUUGGAUUUUCUCUUUCUUAAGUUUUGCAUAAGUGUUUUAAAAUUUUAUUACAUAAGUUACUCAGAAUUUUCCCGUGCAGAACUAAACCUGUAGUUUAGUUUUAACACAUAAUCCUGUUUGCAUUAGAGGUCAGUGCUUUUUGUGAUGGAAACUUUUUCAUAUGGAAUGGCUGAAAACCUUUUAUUUGGUUCAUUUCAAAUUAUAAUUGCUGAUGGACAAUUUAUAUUGCAACGAGAACAAGACAAUGAAAGAAAUGUAUCUCUAUGUGAAUAUACAUAUACAGACAUAAAAUUGAUUUUUAAAUUUAAAACAUAUGGAAAACAAAACAUUGACAGUCUUUGAAUUUGCCAAGUAGGACAUUUAAGUAAAAAUUAAGUGAAAUCAUGCAUUAAAAGAAAGAACAUUUCGUUUCUAAAUUAGACUAUCACUGAGUGAGAAUAAUCAAUAUCAAGAAAGAAGAAUAUAGGUUUCAAUCAAACAAUAAUAUUCUAAUCAGCUUGGGGAGACUUGAAACUUGAAUAAACACCAGAGAUGCCAAAUAUAACAGAGUAUAUGUGCUACAGAGAAGUAAAAAAGGAUUUGACUCUUUUACGGUGGGAUGUUUUUUCUGGGUAUGUAAUCUAUUUUGUAAUUUUUUUUUAACUGGAAAGCAUUUUUGUGAGUGUGAAUGAGAGCCAAUAGUGCAGCCGUGUGGUGAUAUUUUUCCUUAUUUUGCAAAAUGCUUUUGAAACCAAAGGCUGCUCUAUUGAUACAUGGACAAUAUCAUUCUUGAUAUAAAUUGUAGGACACUUUUUCAUGUAACAUAGCAUUUGGGGAUUGGGUUUAUUUAGUGUAAUGAAGAUAAUUUGAUAUAAAAAUAUUUUGUAUAUAUAUAUUUUUACUUUGUUUUCUAAAUUGCUGUUUGCGGUAACAGUAAGUGCAAAGCAAGAUAUGUUAAGUUAUGACUGUAUGAUCGGAUGAAGUAUGAGUUCUUUUGGUUUACAUCCUUAAGUAGUUACAGAUCCAUGAUAAAAACUUUGGAAUCUUUAUAAAUUAAUUUGUCAAAAUGUGAUCAUGUCAGAGAAAACUAAGGACAAGUACUUCACUCUUUUUCAUACUAUUAUAAGUUAUUCUGGUAUUAAAUAUUUUAAUAAAAUUGAUUUUGUUUUGACAUAUUUCAGUUAGAUGAAUGGAUGCUGGUUGUUUUUUGUUUGAAUUAGUCAUAAUUCACUUUUGCCAUCUUUUUAAAAAGAAUCAGCAGAUUUGCUCUAUGAUAUAAAAUAUGGAUGACAAGCCAAUAUAGAAGAGCUUUCACAUGAUUUUUUCUUUUAAUACCAAAGCUUGGAAUCUGGCCUAUAAACACAUCAAGAAGAUUUUAUAAUUAGGACAUCCUUGGCAAUAUCUCCAUUUGCAAUUACUUUUAAUUUAUUUUUUCUCUUGCUGCUUUAACAUUUUCUGGAAAUUAAAGUCUCCCCUCCCAAAUCCUUUAAAAGAAUCCUGAACAAUGCUGAGCCAGCAGCUAAGAAUCUAACUCAUAAUUUAUGUUGUAGAGAAAUAGAAUUACCUCUAUUCUUUGUUUUGCCAUAUGUAAUCAUUUUAAUAAAAUUAAUAACUGCCAGGAGUUCUUGACAGAUUGAAAAUAAAAGUUAAUUUCUAGACCUCAA